UAUUGCCUGGAUAAUUGCUUAUCAAGUCUAGACCUCCUCUAAAGCAAUAACAUAGCAAUAUUUAACAUGGCAUUUGGAUUGCCUGUCAUGAAGGCCCUCCGCCGCACACUUUCGGGCCUCAAGGAGGCAGCUUUGAAGUCUACAACCAUUCCAAAAGGCUACUUUGCGGUCUAUGUUGGCGAGGAUCAGAAGAAGCGCUAUGUAGUUCCAAUUUCGUACUUGAACGAGCCUGCAUUUCAAGAACUGCUAAGUUUGGCAGAGGAAGAGUUUGGUUACGAGCAUCCGAUGGGUGGACUCACAAUUCCCUGCAGAGAAGAUAUCUUCAUUGAUCUCACUUCUCAGUUAGGUGGAUUGUAACUAAUAAUAUUAACAUUAUAAAUUGGC